GAGGGUCAUUCUGAUCCCUGUCCCAGCGUCGGUGCCUGCUCCUGCUGCACACCCACAGGUACGCUCCUCCCUGGGACUGAUUCCUCUUGGUCUCUGGCUGGUCCAUGGUUCUGCCUCAUCCAAUCUGCCGCCGAGAUGUCAGUCACGGUGGAGGACGUCAUGAGGCUGCUGUGCUCCAUUUCGAAGGAGAAGAAAAUGAGAGUGACCAUCAAACACUCACUGAGGGGUGGCGUGGUCGCCGGUGUAACGACUGCCAUUGGUGGCCUGUUACUUGGCCCCCCAGGACUAGCUCUUGGGGGUGCCCUAGGGGGGCUCUUAGCGUGGGCGACGAGUGAGGAGUUCCAGCCUGUCCCUCAGAUCCUAAUGGAGCUGCCGCUCGCUAAGAAGGUGAAGCUGUGCAAUCAGUUCAUGGCCAUCGUCAGGGGCCUGGAUUGGACAGACGCUGUGACGCUGACCGCACUGGUCAUGGGCAGAGUGGACCUGAAGCAACAGCUGAUUCACAUGGUGGUGGGCUACCUCACCAAGGAGCUCAAGGCCAAGGUGCAGUACGGCAAUUAGCCCCUCAGGGCACCACAGGGUGUCACAGGAGGUCCCUGUGGGCUGGGGUACCCCACCCCACUGGCUGUGCUGGAUCCUGGUGGACAUUGAGGAGGAGGGGUUUCUGUGGGGUGGCUGAGGGGGGUGGUAGUCUGAGCCUACCCUCCUGCCGUGGGGUCUGGAGGGAGGUGACCGUGGACAGCUGCUCAUCUGCGAAGUUGACCUCUGACCCGGGCAGGUGCAAUAGGAGUGGGUGCCCCUACCGACCCGGGGUCCCAGGACCUGGCAGCCGGCCCCACUGGAAUCAUGGGGACCCCCUGAGUGAGUCCCUCCCCUCGGCCCCUUCCGAGGGGUCCCUGGGAGGGAAUCAACAAGUGCACCCCGCCCUUCUCCCACCUGCCCAGGCCCUACUGUCCCAUCCCCUUCUGCUUUUCCAGGUCGUUGCUUGCAGCAAAAGUGUCAUUGCUCUUUCUGAAGGGGUCGGGUCCCAGGCCACCUCUGAGAAGUGGGCACCCGAACACCCCACACACUGGGUCCUCCCUUACCUAGAACCACGCCGGCACUGUCCCCAGAUGGGACAGGAAAUGGUCAGUGGCUUCUUUAAGAAAACACAUUAUUGAUAUAUUUUUAGAGAGGGGGAAGGGACGGAGAAAGAGGGAGAGAGACGUGCAUUCGCUCCCUCUCAUACAUGCCGCACCCAGGGGCCCACCCCGCCACCCAGGCGUCUGCACUGACUGGGAACCUAACCUGCGACCAUUCCCUUGCAGAGGGCGCCCACCCCAGGGCCCCUCCGCCCCCCGCCAGGGCUUCGGCACGUGGUCUUCGGGGCCAGUGCCUCCGAGUGAAAUUGCUGGGUACAAAGUGGCAGUAGUUUCAUCAAUACACUUUAUUGAUUAGGCUA